CACUGCACUUCACAUCCAACCAGAAAACCGACUGCAAGUGCAGACGAAGCCCUGUGUGCAGCUGGAAGAGGAAAAGAGAAAAGAACGAAGCAGAGGAAGCAGCAGCAUCAGCAGCAGCAGCAGCAUCACCACAAAGUCUCUCCUCAGACACUUUUAGCCCUCACUGUCUGACCUUUAACCUUAUGGACUAGUCUCUUCCUCAGGUGAAUUGUUCACUGUGGGAUCUUUUUUUUUUUCCUCCUUCUUUUUUUGGUUUGUUUUUGUUCCUCCUCAUCCUCCUCCUCCUCCUCAUCAACAUGCAGGCACAGCUGGCGUGUAUGCUUCUCCUCUUUUUCACAUGCGGUGGACUUUGUACAGACAUGGACCAGGAGCAGCAGGCGCUAGAGGACGAGCUGCUCAGCAACCUCUUCACUUCUAAGAUGAAACAGAAUAAGCAGAGUGCCCCCUAUUGGCGCGUGUCGCUGGCCAACCUGUGCAGGAUUCUGAGCGGCCUGAGGCAGGAGACGUGGAGCGGUGAGGAGCAGGAGGAAGGCGAGGUGAGGGGCGGGAGCCUGCAGCUGCUGGAGGAGCUGUACAGCCUGCAACACAUCUGCAGACUGCUGCAGAGCCGGGAGGAGAGGCUACUCCAAGACCCCGUCGAAUAUUUAGAGGAGAACAGUGACACUCCACUGAAGCGGAAAUCACCCUACAUCCUGAAGAGGCAAGCGGCGCACAGCACCAAAUCCCGGAGGCCAUACAUCUUGAAACGAAGUACAGUUUACUGACAACCCUCCCAGAGGCCAAGGUCACGCGUAAGGGACCAGAACAUAUGCUGUAUUUUCUGUGAAGCUGUGAUUCGGUUUCUUUUCCCUCCUUUCUUGUAGCCGCAAUAUUUCUUGUUUUCUUCUCCUCACUGUUGUUUUUAAUUUAGCCCGACCCUUCGAUUGUGUGUGUCCAGCAACGAGGCCUGCCUGUGUUCCUCUUCAAAUAUAGGUCCUGAAAAUAAAGUCCUGAGCAUCAAAUAAACUGUGUAAUUCUCAGAAUCUAUAUUUAUUUACUCUAUUUCUUCACUGUGUACAAAGUGGAUUUCAGGAUAUCAUUAAAUGACUCAUGAU